GACUCUGAGUUCAGUAAUGCUGAUCAGAUGGAUCUGUACGACGACGUGUUGGCCGCCAGCUCACAGCCCCCCGAGAGCCGCAGCAGCAGCAGCUCCGAGCCCCCCCAGGAGCCCCGCCAGGAGCCCUCCCCCAAGCCCCACACCAAACCCCCUGCCAUCCUCUACACCUACAGCGGGCUACGCAACAAGAGGGCUGCUGUUUACGUGGGCAGCUUCUCCUGGUGGACAACAGACCAGCAGCUGAUCCAGACCAUCCGCUCGGUUGGUGUCUACGACGUGGUGGAGCUGAAGUUCGCUGAGAACCGAGCCAAUGGCCAGUCCAAAGGGUACGCAGAGGUGGUGGUGGCCUCUGAAAACUCAGUCCACAAGCUCCUGGAGCUCCUGCCUGGCAAAAUCCUCAACGGGGAGAAGGUGGAGGUGAGGUUGGCCACCCGGCAGAACCUGUCGCAGUUCGAGGCACAGGCUCGCAAACGUGUGCCACCGAGGGCCCACUCCCGGGAUCCCAUGGAUUCAGUGGAUGGCCGUGCCACCCCGACGGAGAACGCCCUCCCCCCCGCCCGCCUGGACAAGAGCUCCACAUCCUUCUUAACCUUGUGGGGGGAGCUCCAGAAAGUGGGCACACCCCUCACGCCUCCUCCCUUUCCCCCAGGGGAUUACAGCGACGCCAUCGAGACCCUCCUGACGGCCAUCGCUGUCAUCAAGCAGUCCCGCGUGGCCAACGACGAGCGGUGCCGCGUCCUCCUCUCCUCCCUCAAAGACUGUCUGCACGGCAUCGAGGCCAAGUCCUACAGCACCAGCUCCAGCAGCAGCUCCUCCAGGUACCCAGGGCUUGGGAAUCACCGCCCCUUUCAUCCCCCUGCCCCUGUGCUCCCCCCCGGCCCCGCGAGAUCCUCCCCCGAAUUUGGCAAGAAGUGGUUUUUAAUGGACUCGUAUCUCCUCACCUCGACCAGGACUCCGUGA